GGCCUUCGAUUUUACUUUUUGUGUAGAAAAUUUGCAAAAUUAAAUGUGCAAAAUAUAUAAAUAACUAAAAGUUAAAUAACAUUUUAAAUCACCGUCAAUCAGAAAAUCCAAAGCAAAAACAUUUGAAAAUUUCUUCUGGCCCAGCAAAAUUGUGUACUUACGAACAUUUCCGGCACGCGUACAAAUUUUCCAUACAUAUAAUGUCACAAAUUCGCCCACUGGCACCCGAGCUGGCUGCGGUCGCGCGCACCGAACUCAAUGAAGUCGAAACAGAUAUUGCCAGCAAAAUUAUAGAGCUGCGCCGGUGGAUUGAAGAACAGCCAUAUUUGACGGCGCGGACCGAUGAUCAAUUCCUUGUGGGCUUCCUGCGUUUCUGCAAAUACAAUAUGGAUGACGCGAAGAAACGUAUCGACUACUAUUAUACAUACAAAACAACAGCUGGCGAUUUACUUAAAUCUCGACGCAUUGACGAUAAAGUAUUUGGCAUUUGUCGUGCGGGCAUAUUCGCCACACUACCCAAACCAGUGGGUCCAGGCGGUCCGCGCAUACAUUUCACACGUAUGGGUCAAAUUGAUACCUCCCUCUAUACGGCCAAAGAUAUCUUCCGUUUCAUAAUGUUUCGUUCUGAAAUUGAGGCCAACACCGAUGAUAAUUGGAUUAUUAGUGGUGUGCUUGAAAUAAUCGAUUUUUCGAAAAUUCCAUAUGCAUUGUUGCGUCAAUUUGAAGCGAAUUUAUUCAAAAAGAUGGCCGCAUUCUUAGAAUAUGGCGUACCCACCAAUCUGGUGGGCACACACAUCGUAAAUGCUUCCAUGGAUGCCCAAAUAAUAUUGAAUUUGGUGCGUCUGGUUAUGAAACAAAGAGAAUUGCUCCACAUACACUCUACGCUGGAGUCACUGCAGAAGGCCAUUGGCAAGGAGUAUCUGCCCGUCGAAUAUGGUGGUAAUAAUGGCACCUACGAAGAAGCCAUGACAAAUUUCGAACAACAGCUCAACGAUUUUAGCGAUUAUUUCGAUGAGGAUGAAAAGUAUGGCGUCGAUGAGACAUUGCGACAAAUUGAGCCAACAGUUGGUCCGGCUGCUAAUAAGACGCCGCCCACACCAGUCUCGCCGCCAUCGCCUAAAUGUGUGAGUGUACCUGAAGAGUCUUUUCGUAAAUUAAAUAUUGAUUAAAUUAAAGCAAAAGUUAUAAAACGAAAUAAACUAACUAAUACAAGAAAAGAACAUUAUAAAAUUAAAAAAAAAAUAAAAUAAAAUAAAAUAAAAAGCGAAAGUAUAAAUAUGUAUAAAAGAUAAUGUGAAAUAAUCCAGAACCAAAUUCUUAAAGCUGCAUGAACAGCAACGUAAAUAACUUUGCAGCAUUUUGCGUUUUUUGUGCGUUAGUUAAAAAGUGCAAAAAAUAAAAACAAAAGUAUAAACUAAAAUUGAACAAACUAAAAAGCAACAGUUCGUAAAUAAUUUACUGCGUAAAUAUUAAAAAACAAAAUGUUUUAAACGAGAAUAUGCAAUUUAUUUAGCGACUUGUUAUAUUUAUAACAAAGUUUUUAUGCACGAAGGCAACAAACAACAUAACGGCACAGCUAACACGAGCGAUAAGUUAACAGUAAUAAAUAUGAAAGUAACGGUAUAUAGAGCUAAAAGCAACGGAACAAAUGCAACUAUUGCAACUAUUUUCUCGAAUGUUGGCGUCGUAAUCACAUAACAGUUGUAUGUAGUAGUAUAUGGUAUAUGUAUAUAUAAAGAAAUAUGUAUACUAUAUAUACCUACAUAAUACAUAGAGAGAAGCUAUAUAUUAUAUACUGCAUAUAUGAAAAUAUAAACUAAUUUUUAAAAGCUUCAUUUAUAUUAAACAAAGUUAUUUUUGGGAAAGAUUUUUCAUGGAUGUAUGUAUAUAUUUAAAAGUGAAGCUAUUUAUGUAUAUGGUGUAUGUUUUUGGCAAUGGUAAAUAACGAGAGAAAUUAAAAAUUUUGAACAAAACGAAACUAUAUUAAUACAAAUGCAGACAACAUACAUGAAAGUGUACAUUGUAAAUCACUCAUUUUAGAUAUAUAGUUAUUAUAUACAUAUAUAUAUUGUGGUGUGUUUAUCAUUACCAUUUUAAGUAAAACUAAAAAAUUAAUUAACAGUUUAAAUAUUAAUUGUAUGCAAAUACGCGAAUUCCAUUUUUUGUGUGAAAAUUGUCUUAAACCACUAGGCAUUUAAUUGUUAAACGUGUUCGAAAUAUUGCCUAUAUAUAUAAACUUACAAAACCGUUGAGAUUUUUAACUAAGUUAAAUAUUUUUCCCUCUGAACCUUGGGUACAAUUGUGCGUGUUUUUUGGUUUUUAUUUGGACCAAAUUGGUUUUGGUUUUCAUUUAUUUCGUAUAAACAAAAUCAUUUAAUGUGCAUAGCAUCCACUUACAUACAUAUAUGUGAUUUUUGAUAUUCUGUGAACGAAAUUAAAGAAAUAAAAAUUUAAUUUA